UCAUAUGAAAAUGCUAUGGCUGAAAAGUAUGGGGAAGACGCAUCAAAGCAUCCUAUAGUUGACACUGAUGUUUGGACACAAAUUUCUGGUGAAAAUAAGAAAGGUCCCUCUACCACACCUGUUAGAGAAGACAUCACUACAUUAGCUACACAAAUGUCUCAAAUGCAAGAACAGAUGCAGUCACAAUUGAAUCUACAAACACAAUCCCAAAUGCAAUUGCAGACACAACUACAAGCACACAUGGAGGCACAAGCACAAUAUAUGCAGGCACAAUUGAAGGCACAAGCUGAUAUGCAAGCACAAAUGCAGGCACAAAUGAAGGCACAAGCAGAAAUGCAAGCACUUUUGCAACAACAAAUGCAGGAACAAAUGCAGGCACAAAUGCAGUUUUUGAGGAAAGAGAUAUUACCUGCCUUAAAGAUGCCAUCACCAUCAUCAGUCAAAAAACUUGGGAAGAAUCAAGAAUGAAAAUGUUGAAUUCUAGUUUUUUUUAUAUUUACAUUAGCAUUGUUAACUCACUUGAAGAGUCUUAUUAUAUUAGUUGGUAUUGAGUAUUUUUAUUA